AUGAAUAUUGCUUUACUGUCCCAAGGACUUUGGUCCAUGAUUGUAGCACUUGCGCAAAUUCUGUUGAGAUCACUUCGUGUGAAUAUUCACCUCUUAGAAUGCCCUGUUGUUAUGGAUAUAGCCUUUAUGAUUGACGUGUCAGGAAGCAUUCCAUGGCAAGACAUUGCGGAUGUAAAAGAGAUGAUGAAGAAGGUCACGUCACGUUUCUUAAUCUCUUCAACUGGUAAGCAACCUUUUACCUGUAAGUUACUGACUAUUGUCGACCUCGUCCUCAGUAAUCUGAUCUAAAAUGAGCACAGCUUUGGAAAGAGAAUGAGGUUAAGUAUAUUUUCCAUGGCCUAUACGGGAAGGCUCCGUCAGAAAGGGGUACAUUUUUCAGUCAAACUUCAGUUAUAUUGAGAAAAACGUAUCUCACCGGCAAAAGUCGAAAAACUCGCAGAGUUAUGAGGCGGUAUUUUGUAGACUGGAUACAACGUCACGGAGGAAUUCAUUGUUCUGUUGGCCUGGACCGGGUUGCAUACAAACCUUCUUAAGAUAAGAAGGCUCUUAGUUUUUUUUUUCUGAAACAAUAACCUUUUGCUUGUGUUUAAAAUGAUAGUAACGGAUUCCAUUAAGAUGUUUUCUGCAACCCGAUCCUGGACCCCGAGGCCCACGAACAAAAGAAAAAAAUCAUGUCUUGGGAGAAAAAGAGGAUAAGCUGUCAAGAGUGGGAUUCGAACCCACGCCUACAAGAGUAGACUGCGACCUGAACGCAGCGCCUUAGACCGCUCGGCCACCCUGACAACCUUGAUGUCGAUUGACAAUUAUUUACAUCAGCAAACCGGUCAGUUCACGCUUUGGGGCAAAUGGUAAGCAAAAUUCAGGACUAAUCAAUUUCAUCCCGGAAUUGCGUUUUCAAUGUGUACAAAUCCAAACCAUUUACCGAAAAACGGCUGAGAAGGCCUGAACCUUGUGAAAAAAGGUUGCUUUGAAGAAAUUGAAUGGAACACGAAUUUCCGUUUGGAAAAUUCCGCCGUUCGUAAAAACCUGACUAUUUUUUUCAAAUGCUCCGCUCGUCCCGGGAAUUUUCCGCUGGAACGACACCAAAAGUAGUCGCGUUUCAUUUACUUUCCAACACGAUUUUCCAGAAAGGUUUUGUAAAUUGUAAACAACCGUUAAGUCUACACCAUUUUCUGCAGUUCUGCACUCAUGCUAAUAAAAGCUAGGCUGCCUCACCGCUAUCUUCGCGACGUCAAAGAUGGUAUAGCAACAGCCUAGUCCCUAGGCAUUCUCGGCUCGGACAACCCUGGACUCUACCGUGAGCUGUGACGUCACCGAGAGAUACACGCCGAGAACUUCAGUUCUCUCGCCCGCUUUUUCCCAGACUUCGCGCGGACAACGAGGCAAGAGAGAAUGCCUAGGGACUAGGCUGGUAUAGGCUGGUAUAGUCAUUGACGUCUGAGUGAGCGAUGGUAUAACUUUCAAAUUUGGUAAGGGCCAGCUGGUUUUGAAGAAUCAAAUUGAUCUACAGAUUAGGCCGAUUGGCCAGCCAAUUUUCUCAAGGAUAAAUAAAAAAAUUCACCAUUAUGCUUUUAGAAAACAUGACUAUGAUACAGAUAUCACGAGAGGAUUAACAAAUAAACAGAUACAGCUCUUUGCUUCCAUUUUAGAGACGCAUGUGUCACUUGUAUCGUUUUCCCAACAAGAAAAUAUGCUGCAUUCUUUCAAGGACAAACAGACAAUCACAGCUAUCCAUAACACCAUAGAGCAUUUAACACAUCCCGGAGGUGGAACGAACAUGACUGCAGUCUUUGGCGAGGCUCGGGAUUUGUUCUCAAACGCCAAGGGUGGACGAAGUCACGUGACACGAGUACUUGUGUUGGUCUCAGAUGGUGACUACCAGAGUAAGUUUGCGCCCAAGGAAGCACCCGGGGGUUCAUGGGGGCACAGAGACAUUCGAGCCCUUUUUUGGGGGGGGGGGGAGGGGGGGGGGGGAAGCGAGCAAGGUUGCGGGGUAAAAUUGUAGUUUCUUGCUAUCAGUGAUGUCUGUAUAGUGUUUUGGGUUUGAUUACAACAGAGUCAGGAUGGGAGUUGCACGCACUGAUCUCUACAGAUAAUUAAACUCACACACUUUUUUCUUUAUUAAGAGCACGAACGAGCCGUGGAGUCUUCACAGAGAGUAAAGGAAGAGGAAAUCGCAAUCAUAACGAUUGGAGUAGCUUCACCCAAUACCAACGAAGAGGUUUUACAAACAAUCGCAUCGUCAAAAGAACAAUUCCUUCUGUUUCCACAAGUAGGUUCAGCGGCUAGGGUGGACCUGAGCUCUGAUGAAAUCGCUGAAAUGAUUUGCAAAGGUGAAAAAACGUCAAUUACUGUUAGUAAUAACUUACUCUCUAAAAAGCCAUGCAGUCAAUCAGUGACGUACUAGUCUACUAUAGCUAGUCACUGAUCAGUCAAUUAGUCGGACUUUCUAGCGUGAAUCUAUUGCCUAGUAAAUUUUUUUCAAGCGCGUUUACUCAGUCUUGGAAAGAAUCUUAUCAAAAAAUUAGACUGCAUGCCACGACUCUGUUGAUCUGAAUACUGUCUUUUUUCAUUAAGAGUCAAACUGAACAACAGUUGUAUUAUAAAGUUGCUAUCUGACUAGUUAAAGACGGUAGCAGUAGGGGGGAGAGGUAGGGGUGGGGGCGGUUUCGUCAGGAUCGAGUCCACACUUCCAAACGAUUAGUUUCACAUGAUAUAUACAUACACAUGGGGAAGUUAAGUUAAUGCUUGAAUAUGAUUUACUUGUCUGUUUGCUGGUAAGUCACGACUGAAAUUUUUGUAAUGUCAUCUCGAUCAUCUGCUAAACUUCUCUCAUGGCUCUCUUUUGGUAUACUAGAAAAAAUCAAUAACAAAAUAAACAGUAGAUUUUACAUUUUCUUUACAGCAGCGAGAAAGCCCGAAGCAAUCGUUCUUCGAGUGAGGGAGAACUCAGCCUUACAAGGACGUAUCAUCAUUUCGUUAUUGGCGGAUAGUGAACUGAUGUGCGCGUUGAAGUGUUUGAAUACAGUGAGCUGCUUUUCUUUCAAUUACAAAUCCAAUGGACAAACGUGUGAGCUUAAUCAUGCAAACAAGUUGACUUCUCCUUUUGAUCUUAUCUGGGAUCUUGAUUCUGUAUAUUAUGAAAUGGUCUUCACUUCGGGGAAACAAUAUUAA